AUGUGUCGAAUUCUUAAGAAGCUCAGACACUUUAACAUCUCAGUUGUCAUUUGUGUACAGACAGCAAAGAGUUUAAGUAAGGAUGUAAAGAGAAUACUUACUGAUAUCAUACUUUUCCCUGGAUUGUCCGAAGACGAUUUCAUGGAACUUAUGAAAGAGUCCAUGGCAGGUAAGUUUGACAGACAUGAACUCUGGGAGAAGUACAAAGUCAUACAAGACCCUCAUACUUCUUUCAGAAUUCACAUCUACGCGAACAAAGUUCAAAUUGUAAAAAGUCAAGCUUGA